UUGCGCAGCGACGCGUCGUUCCGCUAAUCGGCGCGCGACGAUUAGCGAUUCGUUUCUGCCUUUAUGGUGACAUCUGAUUAAAAAGCGGAGCGGGAUCUGGGUUGUUGAGAGGAUGGAGUACAUGGAGGAUAAGUUUGCCUUGAAAAAUCAAGCGAUGAAGGCCAGCGAGUACUACAUGGACCAGGUCAUGGAGAGCCUGGACAGCGCGCAGUACUUCACCAAGUCCUCCCCGAAGUGCGUGCAGGCCUUCGGGCUUCAGAGCGGCGAACAUCGCUCCUCGCCCUGCGGAGACCAAAACGCCAGUUACGUUGUGCCAAAAACAGACGACGACACUUUGCACUCGGACCUCGGGAGGUCGAUGGACAGUUGUUGCACUCUGCGGGCCUCCCCGGUGACGACCGGGCAGGAGAAAACAGAUCUGGACGACAUGGGGGACAAAUGCGACAGCAACGUGUCCAGCAGCAAGAAGAGGAGACACCGGACAACCUUCACUAGCGCGCAGCUGGAGGAGCUGGAGAAAGUGUUUCAGAAAACUCACUAUCCAGAUGUUUAUGUGAGGGAACAGCUGGCCAUGAGGACGGAAUUAACAGAGGCCAGAGUGCAGGUGUGGUUUCAGAACAGAAGAGCAAAGUGGAGGAAAAGAGAGCGCUACGGGCAGAUCCAACAAGCCAAAACUCACUUUGCAGCCACCUACGAUUUAUCAGUGUUGCCGAGGACCGACAGCUACACACAGAUCUCCAACAACCUGUGGCCGAGUCCGGCUUCUGGUGGCUCUGUGGUCUCCUCCUGCAUGCUGCCCCGAGGCUCCCCGCCCUGCGUCACUUCCUACUCGCACUCCCCCCGCUCGGCCGCUGGUGCAGCUGACCACGGCUACGUGGGCUUUCCUAAUCAGCAGAACCAGUUCGGGCACGUCUCCCUCAACAAUUUCUUCAGCGCAGACUCUCUCCUCACGCCGGCCGCCAACGGUCACCACGCCUUCGAGACCAAGCCCGAGUUUGAGAGGCGCUCGUCCAGCAUCGCCGUGCUGCGCAUGAAAGCCAAGGAGCACACUGCCAACAUCUCCUGGGCCAUGUGAUCAGGGUUCCUGUGCAUGUCUGGAAAGUCUGGAUAAUGUAUGGAAAAAGAAGUUUUUAGAAAAAGUGGGGGUUGCACAGAGAGUCUGAAAUCAUAUUCAGAAAAAAGCUCAGUCACUCACAGUAUAAAUCUGUCAUCUACAGACUAGAUGUCACUUAUUUGUUGUUGGCCAAUUUCACAGUCAUACUGCCCUGCUAUUUAGAUCUGCAUCAUAUAUAACUCAUAACCAAAAUUUUAUCUGCUGAGUCAAGAACAGAGGUGGAAAAUGUGUCAGGGUUUGUGGUUCUCUGCAUAUUCUUAGUCAUUAACCUCAAGCUAGUAACAAAAAACUGAAACAGCCAUAACGUUGUGUGACAGAUGAUCAGCUGUGUUCCUGUUCUGAGGCAGAUCUGCAGAGCGGCAGCCUGGUGUUAUCAUUAAAAUACUGAGACAAUCAAGUUUUGAAAAGUGGAGACAGUCUUCACCUUCAUGUAGCUUAACAGAAGCAAUACGUUCAUAUCACUCAGACCUUCAGGGUUAUGUCCGUUGCAGUGUUUUACAGCCCACAGAUGAUUGUUGUCCUUUCUGGUCGGACCAGGCGGGUGAUGAACCCCUCGAGACCCGCGGACGUGAGAGCUGUGAUGUGAAUAAGCUUUCUUUGUUGUUGUCCUCAGUGCUUCCUCUUUAUCGAGACAGAAAGAAGUGAAAGCAAGAAGUCCCGUUAAUGGGUAAAUGUGGAUCCUGAGGGAGGGGGUCCUAAACCACUACCACAUUUCUAAGCACUGUGAAAAAAAAAGAAAAAAAAAAAAGCUUUCUUUACCUGCGCCUGUCGUCUUCCUCCCUCGUUCCAGCUCAGGACUGAGGACGAGCAGCGGGGAGACGAACUUGACUUGACGUACUAACGUGUCUGUGUGCUUUGCAGCAAAGCUCUGUAAUCUCUGUCGCCUGCCUCUGGACUGUAUCACAGGUACAUGACGCAGGCUGGGGGGGGGCAGAUUUUAAUAUUUGUGUUUGUGUUAUAAAUUUAUCUGGUGAAAGCAUAAUAAAUGAGUGUCACUUGAUUCCAGUGUAACUGAACCUUUUCUUAAAGA